UACGGCCACCGUGUCAUCACCGACCAGUGUCCCCAGGGCACGGUGCUGCUGCUGCUCCCGGCCAUCCUGGGCUCCAUGGUCAACGCCUUCAUGGUGGGUUGUAUGUUCGUCAAGAUCUCCCAACCCAACAAGCGCGCCGAGACGCUGGUGUUCUCCUCGCACGCGGUGGUGGCUCUGCGCGACGAGCGCCUGUGCCUCAUGUUCCGCGUGGGCGACCUGCGGGACUCGCACAUCGUGGAGGCGUCCAUCCGCGCCAAGCUCAUCCGCUCCAAGCAGACACGCGAGGGCGAGUUCAUCCCCCUGGACCAGACCGACCUGAGCGUGGGCUUUGAGACAGGCGAUGACCGCCUCUUCCUCGUCUCGCCCCUCGUCAUCAGCCACGAGAUCGACGAGCGCAGUCCCUUCUGGGAUGUCUCGAGGCACCAGCUGGAGAAGGAUGACUUCGAGAUCGUCGUCAUCCUCGAGGGGAUGGUGGAGGCCACAGGGAUGACAUACCAGGCACGCAGCUUGUACACAGAUAUUGGGGUGCCCGUGCAGGGGUGUCACAGAU